AGUCGUGACCCUGCAGCUCCCUCAGCUCACUGCUGUCGCUUUAAGACCCAUUUCCCCAUUGUCAAAGAGUCGUGAGCAGGAAGAGGGAAACGAGAGAGAGAAGAGAGAGAGAGAGAGAGAGAGAGAGAGAGAGAGACCGAGGGGCCGAUGUUAUUUAAACACGAUGCUGCUGCUGCUGCUGCACAAUAACCGAGGCUGCAUGUGGAGGAGUGCACGCACACUGGAAAACACGCAUGCACACACGCACGGCGAUCCACGCCACCGCUGACCUUCGGAUGAAUAAAAGCGCGCACGGUGCGUAAAGUGGCCGCAGGAUGGUAACAUUCGUUUGAGGGACGUGAAGUGUCACCUCGGGUUAGUGCCUCAGGAAAUGAUGACAGCGUCCUCCAUCAUCGUUUAGCUGCUCACAGAGGUUUCUCUCUUUUGUGUGUGAGUGUGUGUUGCGGCCAUUUCACCUGGACGUGAUACAGAGUGUUAAUCUGACAGUGAAGGCUCAGAGAGCGUGAGGGGGCCGUGAGGGGGUCCUGGUGGGGUCCCGGUGGAGGCAGGUGCAGCGCCUCUUGGCUUCAGGCUGCCCGCUGGCGCUUUGACAGGGAGCCGCUGAGCUGUGGACCCUGAGGACUCAUCUGGAUCAGACUGGACUCCAGAUAUCAGCUAUGUCGUCCGCUAUAGAGAGGAAGACACUGGAGGCCAAUGAGGAGCCGGUGGACGAGGUCCUCCAGAUGCCCCCCUCUCUGCUGUCAUGUGGCGGGUGUCAGCAGAGCAUCGGCGACCGGUUCUUCCUGAAGGCCAUAGAGCAGUACUGGCACGAGGACUGUCUGAGCUGCGACCUGUGUGGCUGCCGGCUGGGCGAGGUGGGCCGACGACUCUACUACAAGCUGGGGAGGAAGUUAUGUCGGAGAGACUACCUCAGGCUCUUCGGUCAGGACGGUCUCUGUGCCUCUUGUGAGAAGAGGAUCCGAGCGUUUGAGAUGACGAUGCGCGUGCGGGACAAGGUUUACCACCUGGAGUGCUUCAAGUGUGCCGCCUGCCAGAAACACUUCUGUGUGGGCGACCGCUACCUGCUCAUCAACUCAGACAUUGUGUGCGAGCAGGACAUCUUUGAGUGGACCAAACUCAACAACAACAUGGUUUAGGAGAAGCUCUUGAAUCUCUCUCUCCACUUUGCCUUGUCCCACUGGCUUUAAAGGCAAUGAACCACUGAUGAAUGAACUUGUUGUCGCCUGUACAGGCUUCGUCAUGACUCUGAUGUUCCUGUUAACUCAUUUAACUCAGAAAUGAGAGGUGACAUCUCUGCACUGCUCCCUGCUGGAGACUAACGAAGACUGCAUCAGCAAUAACAGUAUUUCUUGUAAAACUUCACCCUUAAAUGCAAAAAAAAAAAAAAACUUAAACAUGCAAUAAUAUUUGUUUUUGUUAUCGACACUGGACUUUGUGAAAUUUAGCAAUAAAGUUUCCUGUAGUAAAGCACCAUUCAAUCACCUCAGUCUGGACAGAAACAUUCAGUAAGAAAUUUGGAAAUGUUUUGUUUUACAGUUUAAUUAUUUCUAUAGAUUAAUUUAAUACUGAUUAAAUGCAAAUUAUGAACUUUGUUAAAAGAGGUGCUCAAUUGAAACGCAAAUUAAUUAAUUGUUACAUAUAAGUAUAAAUACUUAUUUAUACUUAUAUGUUGAAUAGUUCGCAUUGUUAGAUAACCUGCUGCACUGACUGACAGACUGUGUGUUUUAUCAACUGUUAAGUAUACUAAUUGAACACUGAAUCUAUUUUCUUGUUAGAAUAAAACUACACAGUUCUUUCCAAAACCUGCCAAGUAAACCACUAAGACCUGUAAAAUAAAGCGUCACCAGAUUUUCAUUUAUUAUUAAUGGAAUAAAAUAUCAAUUUUUCUGAAAUCAUGAUCAGAAUGAUUGUACGGUAUUGCCAGGUUGAACUGGUGUCGCCCUCUAGUGGUGGAGGGAACCCAUGCAAUACUAAUUUUAUUGACUUCCCACGUGUUUCCUGUGUCUCUUUUGUAAUUGCAACAACUCAUUGAGUUUGCACCCAAGGAUUUUUAGAUGUUUACUUGUGAAUUUAAUAAAUAAAUUACAAUUCAGGAAAAAA